AUGGCUCGAAAUGCUGAAAAGGCGAUGACGGCGCUCGCGCGUUGGCGUCGUAUGAAAGAGGACGAGGAAAGGGGACCGAUUGCGAAGCGACCACACGACACUCGGGAGUGCCGAAAUCUUCAGGACGCGAUUCGUUUCAGAAAUGAGUUGGCCAAAGACAUCGCCAAGAAGAUCGCCACCAUUCAAAACCCGGGCUUGGGCGAGUUCAAGAUUCGCGACCUUAACGAUGAGAUUAACAAGGCGAUCAAACACAAAAACUCUUGGGAGAAGCGGAUUCAAGAAUUGGGUGGGACGGAUUUUCGGAAGAUGGGUCGCGAACUGGACAAGGAGGGGAGGUCUGUAGGCGGUGAUCACAGUUACAAAUACUUUGGUGCCGCCAAGGAUUUACCAGGUGUACGGGAGCUUUUCGAGAAGGAUGGAGAGAUUGAGAAAAUCCGGAAGACACGGGUUGAACUGAUGAAAUAUGUUGAUGCCUCGUAUUAUGGAUAUCUGGAUGAUGAUGAUGGAAUCCUUGAACCGCUCGAGAAAGAGGAGGAAACACGAGCGAUGGAGAAAGCCAAAAAGGAAUGGGAUGUGACAAAAGUUAAAUGGGACAAAGAUGUGAAUGACAGCGAUUCGGAUGGAGCCGAUGACGAUAUAUACAAAGUUGAGGAUGAUCCCGAAAGCGAUUGGCACGUGAAGAUCACCGAAAUUCUCGGAGAAGAUGGAAGGAAAAUGGCCAUUCGACAUGUAAUGGUGCCUACGCUUAAGGACGUGGAAGAAGCUCUACUCGAGUCAAAGAAGCAACAAAUGCUUGAGAAAUAUCUCGGUGAAGGGACAUCCUCA